AUGCUUUUCAGAUUCGGCGUGGUUGUGCCUCCCGGCGUGGCCCAGGGCCGUCCGCAGCUGUUGCUGGUAGGCUCUCGGCCCGAGCUAGGGAGCUGGGAGCCGGAGAGGGCAGUGCCCAUGAAGCGGGCGGCCGGCGGAGCCGGGCCCAGUGGGGCACGCGGGCUGCAGGAGCCGGGCCUCUGGCUCGCGGAGGUGGAGUUGGCCUGCGUGCUGCCGCCGCCGGAAGCUCAGGAGCCGCGGCAGCAGCAGCAGCAGGAGCAGCCGCAGCAGCCGCCGGCGGAGGGGGCGGGGCCCGGCGUCCCUGAGACUUUCUGGUACAAGUUCCUAAAGCGGGAACCGGGAGGAGAGUUCUCCUGGGAAGGUAAUGGGCCUCACCAUGACCGCUGCAGUACUUAUAAUGAAAAUAACUUAGUAGAUGGAGUGUACUGUCUCCCAAUUGGACACUGGAUUGAAGCCACUGGGCACACGAAUGAGAUGAAGCACACAACUGAUUUCUAUUUUAAUAUUGCAGGCCAUCAAGCUAUGCAUUAUUCAAGAAUUCUUCCAAAUAUCUGGCUAGGAAGCUGCCCUCGACAGUUGGAGCAUGUAACCAUCAAAUUGAAGCAUGAGUUAGGAGUUACAGCAGUAAUGAACUUUCAGACUGAGUGGGAUAUUACUCAGAAUUCAUCAGGUUGCAAUCGCUACCCAGACCCCAUGACCCCAGAGACCAUGAUCAGGCUCUAUAAGGAAGAAGGAAUUGUCUAUGUAUGGAUGCCUACACCAGACAUGAGUACUGAAGGCAGAGUGCAGAUGUUGCCUCAGGCGGUCUGUCUCCUCCACGGGCUGCUUGAGAAUGGACACACUGUCUACGUACACUGUAAUGCUGGUGUUGGCAGAUCCACGGCUGCGGUGUGUGGCUGGCUCAAAUAUGUGAUGGGCUGGAAUCUAAGGAAGGUGCAGUACUUCCUCAUGUCCAAAAGGCCUGCUGUGUAUAUUGAUGAAGAGGCAUUGGCACGUGCAGAGGAAGAUUUUUAUCAGAAAUUUGGGAAGGGAAAAGCUGGCAAGAAAGAGAAACAGAAGCAAGAGAAUCAAGAUCAAGGGAUGGGUAAUAAAGAAGGAACCAGAUGAAGGGAGUCUAACUAAUGAGAUGGGCCUAAAAGAGAUUUAUUAUGAAAUUGAGGAACUUGAGAGAACAAAAUAACAUAAUAUGUAGGAUUUGGAGCUAGAAGGGAUCUUAAAGACCAACUUUUCCACUGCUUUCAUUUUAUAGAUAAGGAAACUAAAUCUCAGGAAAUGGAAAUGACUAGAGAAUCAGAACAAAGAAUUAGUAGGAAUAAUGUGGAAUAAAAUGGAAAAUUGAUAUUAACAUACAAAUAUCAACAGAAGUGAAAAGACUGAAGAUUUGGGAAAAUAGCUGAAUAUAUUGAUUUAUUAAGUAUUAUUCUAUUUGUUUCAGUGAUAUUGGAGAGGAGUGGAAAGACUCUAAGGGAAAGAAAAAGAGGAAUAGGUUUAUCUUCAAGUUAUAAGCCCAUUAAACUCCCAGCCAUUUCCUUGGGAUGAGAUCUCAACAUAAAAUAAAGUGAUGUAUAAUGAUACAAAUAGCAAAA